AUGGAGAAUGCAGUAACGGUGGGCCGGGAAUCUGGGGAGGGGGCGGUCCUCGGACAGUACGGACCUCCUUACCGAUCUUCGGAACCCUGCGACUUCCGGCAGAGAGCCGACUCCCACAAUCCUCCGGGCCUCGGCGUCGCCCCGCCCCGUGCGCAGAGCCCGCGGUCUCGGAUUGGCCACUGCGGCAGUCCGCGUCCUUGGUGGGCGGGGCCGAGGCCCACGUGGCGGCACUUGGCGCUGACCCGCGGGCGGCAAGCAGGUUUGCCCAGGGCCAGUGGCAUGGAGGAGGAGAUGGCGGGCACUAGCGCGCCGGGAGGAGCGGAGGACGGCAGCGCGCCCACAGGCUCGCCCAUCCUGGAGGCCGGCGCCGAGGCGGAGGCGGCGGAACUGCUACCCUUCUUGACGCCGGGGGCGCGGGCAGACCUGCAGGCGGAGGCGGCGCGGCAUGUGCUGGCGCUGACCGGCUCCGGGCCAGGCCGAGCGCUGCUAGCAGGGCAGGCGGCGCUGCUGCGGGCGCUGGCCGAACUGGCGGCAGCUCCGAUCCCGGCCCCAGCCUGCGAUGCCGCCCGCGCGCUGGUAAACCUGGCGGCCGACCGGGGCCUGCACGAACCGCUGUUGGCGGUCGAUCCCGGCCUGCCUGCCCGCCUGCUGGGCCGCGCGUUGGAUCCACAGUGGCCCUGGGCGGACGAGGCGGCCGCCGCGCUAGCCAACCUCAGCCGCGAGCCGGCGUCUUGUGCCGCUGUGAUGGCGGUGCUCGCGGCCGCGGAGCCGAGGGAGUCAGUCCUGGAGCGCCUGGUGCGCGCGCUGUGCACGCCCGGCUACAACGCCUGUGCGCCCCUGCAUUACCUGGGGCCGCUGCUCUCCAACCUCAGCCAGCGGCCAGCGGCGCGUGCCUUCUUACUGGACCCAGACAGGUGCGUGGUCCAGCGGCUGCUGCCUCUUACCCAGUACCCAGACUCCUCCGUGCGCAGGGGCGGAGUGGUGGGGACGCUGCGGAACUGCUGCUUCGAGCACCGACACCACGAGUGGUUGCUCGGUUCCGAGGUGGACAUUCUCCCGUUCUUGCUACUGCCCCUGGCCGGGCCAGAGGACUUCUCCGAGGAGGAGAUGGAGCGGCUGCCUGUCGACCUGCAGUACCUGCCUCCAGACAAGGAGCGAGAGCCCGAUGCUGACAUCCGCAAGAUGCUCAUUGAAGCCAUCAUGUUGCUGACAGCCACGGCACCAGGUCGGCGGCAGGUGCGGGACCAGGGAGCCUACCUGGUCCUUCGAGAGCUGCACAGCUGGGAGGCAGAGCCCACUGUUCGGGUGGCCUGUGAGAAGCUCAUCCAGGUGCUUAUUGGGGAUGAGCCGGAGCAUGGCAUGGAAAACCUGCUGGAGGUGCAGGUGCCGGGGGACGUGGAGCGGCAGCUGCAGCAGCUGGACCGUCAGGAGCAGGAGCAGUGUGAGCAGGAGCGGCAGGCGCAACAGCUGGCACCAGAGCCCCAGCGAGAGGAGCCUGCAGCGCCCUGA